GAGCUGCGCUGUGUGGGGGGGGGACAGGGGUAGCGCUUGGCAGGUUGUAGCGAUAACACACAAGACCCACCCAUAUCACAGCUGCCAUUGUGGUUUUGCUAAGCAGAUCCAGACUGCAGUCACCAUGGCCUUCAAGGAGCUCACAUCAAGGGCAGUGCUCCUGUAUGAUGAAUGGAUUAAAGAUGCUGAUCCUAGGGUUGAAGACUGGCCACUCAUGUCCUCUCCUAUCCUACAAACCAUCAUCAUCGGCGCUUACAUCUACUUUGUCACAUCAUUGGGCCCAAGGAUCAUGGAGAACAGGAAGCCGUUUGCUCUGAAGGAGAUCAUGGCAUGUUACAACUUGUUCAUGGUUCUAUUCUCUGUGUACAUGUGCUAUGAGUUUCUCAUGUCGGGCUGGGCUACUGGAUAUUCCUUUAGAUGUGACAUUGUUGACUACUCUCAGUCACCUCAGGCGUUACGGAUGGCCUGGACCUGCUGGCUCUUCUAUUUUUCAAAGUUCAUUGAAUUAUUAGACACUGUUUUCUUUGUGCUGCGUAAGAAGAACAGCCAGAUUACAUUCCUGCACGUCUAUCACCACUCCAUUAUGCCUUGGACGUGGUGGUUUGGAGUCAAAUUUGCUCCAGGUGGUUUGGGCACAUUCCAUGCACUGGUGAACUGUGUGGUCCAUGUUAUCAUGUACAGCUACUACGGCCUGUCAGCCUUGGGGCCUGCCUACCAGAAGUACCUGUGGUGGAAAAAGUACAUGACGUCUAUCCAACUGACCCAGUUCUUGAUGGUUACUUUUCACAUCGGCCAGUUCUUCUUCAUGGAGAAUUGCCCGUACCAGUAUCCCGUCUUCUUGUAUGUCAUUUGGCUGUACGGGUUCGUUUUCUUAAUCUUGUUCCUCAACUUCUGGUUCCACGCUUACAUCAAAGGACAGAGGCUGCCGAAAGCCGUCCAAAAUGGCCACUGCAAGAACAACAACAACCAAGAAAACACUUGGUGCAAGAACAAAAACCAGAAAAACGGUGCAUUGAAAAGCAAAAACCAUUGAGCUCACGAAUAAGCUAAGAGAUCUCUAACCGUAUCUGACGUGGUAUUACUUGACAAUCAAGCAUACUCUGUCUAGUCUACUGUACAUAUAUUUUUUUCCAUAGAACCCUGUGUUUUUACACUAAGUUAUUGGGGUUUAUAUGCUGUAGAGAACAUGGACCUGUGGGGAGUUGUUCAACAUAUGUACAUAUAUUUAACAGAAAAGAGACCAUAAAGCUCCUUGGCUUGCAUAUUUAUAAACACAUGGGUGUGCAUGAAAAGUACCAUUACUUUGAACACCGGGACAGACAAUAUGUUAAGGAGACAAUGUAAUUAAAGGAGCAACAUUCGCUCCAGGUUUCGUUACCCACAGCAACCAACCAACCGAAUCUUUGCUUUCUUUCCUACCCGUUGAUUGGUUGUCAUGAGUUACUAAACCUAGAGUUAUAUUUGUGCCUGUUAUUGCAUUUCCCCCCAGUGUUUUGUAAAUGUCAUGAAUGAAGUCGGACAACAAUAAACUGGACUGAAGACAUUUUGCAAAAGCAUCUGCAACAUUUGCUGUAGAACGGCUGCAGUUUUGUUCCUGUCGUACCAAAAUAAAAUGAAAACCUUUUUUGCCCA